GACGUCCCAGCCGAGAUGCCCCGCCCCACCGGAAGUGACGCACUCCGACGCCCCGCCCAGCAGGUGCCGGCGGACGUGACGACCAUGGCCCCGCCCCCGCGGCCUAGCAUGGCGGCGCUCCGCCUGCGCCUCGCCUUCGAGUACCCGCCGCCUCUACUCCCCGCCGCCCGGCUCUGUUGGCUGCUCCUGCCCGCCGAGCAGUGCCGUGUGGUCGCCGACCUGGAGAGCAUCAUCCGCCGCCGUCUCGGCUUCGGUCGCCGCGCCCGUCUACACCUCUACCUGGACGGCGCGCUCCUCCCGCCCAACGAGAGCGCGCUGCUCGUGCGCGACAACGACUGCCUCCGGGUGAAGCAAGAGGAGCUGACCGAUGGCCUUGGAGAUGGGGUGGACGGGCUGCCCGAGAGCUGCAGGAAGAGGGAGCGGCCGGCGUUGAGCGAGGGCAGGGAGCGGAAGAAGAGGAGGACGGUCGGAGUGCAGUGCGAGGAGCAGCGCAUGCCAUGCAGUGUGGAUCAAUGCACCGCUUCCAGUGAGGAGCAGGACGUGCCGUGCAGCAAUGGAGCUGUCUUCCCCGCCGAUGCUGUGCGCUCCAGGAAGAGGAAGACGGCUCCAGAGGUGGAGGUGGAGGUGAAAUGCAGCGCUCGGAAAACACAAAAACUCAAAAAGAAAAAGGAUAAAUUCAGCAAGGAGCAGGAGCGGACGGAACCUUCCAGCAAAGGAGCAGUGGUCAGUCGCAGCUCCCAGGGGGUGCAGCACAGCAGCCGCAGUAAAUGCAAUGAUGCUGAAUCGGACAGUGAGAGCCCGUCCGGUGAAGCCGGCGGCUGCCAGCAGCUGACCAAUGGUGAGCGUGGCCACUGCGGUGUGGACGGUGAGAGAGAAGCGCAGCACAAUGAUGCAGCACCAUGCAGCGACAGGGAGAAAGGAGCGCAGCGCAACACUGCAGCACCGUGCAGCAACAAGGAGAGGAAAGCUCAGCGCAAUACUGCAACGAGCAAUGUCAGGGAGAGGAGAGUGCAGAGCGAUGUUGCAGCACCGUGCAGCGACAGGGAGAGAGGAGUACAGCGCAACACUGCAGCACCGUGCAGCGACAGGGAGAGAGGAGUACAACGCAACACUGCAGCACCAAGCAGCGACAGGGAGAGAGGAGUACAGCGCAACACUGCAGCACCGUGCAGCAACAGGGAGAGAGGAGUACAACGCAACACUGCAGCACCAUGCAGCGACAGGGAGAGAGGAGUACAGCGCAACACUGCAGCACCAUGCAGCGACGGGGAGAGCGUACAGCAGGCCGGCGCUGCAGCAGAGGGGCUGAGCACGCCCCUGGACCCUGCCCCAGCCGCCGCUGCUCCCCGCUGCUCGCCCGGUGGUGCCCGCGGUGACGGCUGGGAGGGGCCCGAUGGUGGCCGCUGUGGGGGGCGCAGUGAUGCCCAUGGUCGCCUGCCCGUCCUGCCCCCCACGCCAGCCUGUGCCAUGGUGCGAGGCUAUGGAAGGGGUCGCGGGAGGGGCAUCUCCAACUGGGAUUGGCAGCACCAUGGGCACUUCCGAGGCCGGGGGCAAGGGGCCCCACCCCCCAUCAAUGGCUGGCCAAAGCCUGGGGAAUGGCAAGAUCCCACGGCAGGGCCACGAGAGACCACGGAGCAGAGGGCCCCAGGGCCACUACACAGAGACUACAGCACGCUGCCCCUACUGGCCGCUCCACCACAGCUCGGGGAGAGGAUCGCGUUCAAGGUAUUAGAGCUGUCGGACAAUUACACGCCCGAGAUGUCAGAUUACAAGGAGGGACGAGUCGUGCGGUGGGAUGCGGCGACCGGAGAGGUGGAGCUCAGCUUGGACACCCAGCCCCCAGAAACUUCCAAAGAGCCGGGCAAGUUUGACCUGAUUUACCAGUCUGAGACCGGCGAGGCGGUGGUGGAGUAUGCGGUGACACGGGAGCCCCAGAUGACCCGGGCCUGGAGCUCCCUGGUGGAACCGCGUCUGAUGGUCACUCACACCGAGGCCGGCCUGACCCUGCCCGCCUGCUGACCCCACCACCAUCGUGUCCUCACCCCAGGGGGUCACAGUCUAAACCCGCCAUGACCCCACCAAGGUCCUUCCCCCGGGGUCACUGGCUGUGUGGUCCGCGGGGUCGGAGGUCACGGCUGCUUUUAAAUGACCAGUGGGAUUGGAUUGUUGCUGACGCGACCUUGUGAAUUGUUGAAUAAAUGUGUUUUUAUAA